AUGCCGCGCUCCUUCCUGGUGAAGAAGAUCAAAGCGGACGGCUUCCAGUGCAGCGGGGUGGCGGCCCCCACCUACCACCCCUUGGAGACCGCCUACGUGCUGCCUGGCGCCCGGGGGCCUCCCGGGGACAACGGUUACGCCCCGCACUGCCUGCCCCCGAGCAGCUACGAUGCAGACCAGAAGCCGGGCCUGGAGCUGGCGCCAGCCGAGCCCGCGUACCCGCCGGCGGCGCCGGAGGAGUACAGCGACCCCGAGAGCCCGCAGUCCAGCCUGUCGGCACGCUACUUCCGCGGGGAGGCGGCCGUGACCGACAGCUACUCCAUGGACGCCUUCUUCAUCUCGGACGGGCGCUCGAGGCGGCGGCGGGGCGGGGGCGGAGGGGACGCGGGGGGCGCGGGGGACGCCGGCAGCGCCAGGGGGCGCGCGGGGCGCGCGGGGGCGCCGGCGGGAGGCGGGCACCGGCACGCGUGCGCCGAGUGCGGCAAGACGUACGCCACGUCGUCGAACCUGAGCCGCCACAAGCAGACGCACCGCAGCCUGGACAGCCAGCUGGCGCGCAAGUGCCCGACGUGCGGCAAGGCGUACGUGUCCAUGCCGGCGCUGGCCAUGCACGUGCUCACGCACAACCUGCGCCACAAGUGCGGCGUGUGCGGCAAGGCCUUCUCGCGGCCCUGGCUGCUGCAGGGCCACAUGCGCUCGCACACCGGCGAGAAGCCGUUCGGCUGCGCGCACUGCGGCAAGGCCUUCGCCGACCGCUCCAACCUGCGCGCGCACAUGCAGACGCACUCGGCCUUCAAGCACUACCGCUGCCGCCAGUGCGACAAGAGCUUCGCGCUCAAGUCCUACCUCCACAAGCACUGCGAGGCCGCCUGCGUCAAGGGGGCCGAGCCGCCCCCGCCGCCCCCCGCCGGCCCGGCCAGCUGA